AUGGGUUCAGUCUUCCUCAGAGCUUCUCGAUUCAUGCUUAGAUCACCCAAGGAAAGUGGAUCGCGGUUUGAAAGCUCAAGCGACAGGGAAAGCGAAGGCAUAGAAGCACCAUCUUUCAAACUCGAAUCAUCCCAUCCUCCACAUCAAACAAUUCCCCAGUUUUCAAGCAUGGCUUUGAACGUUUUCAUUUCCCUUCUGUUUUCUUCACUUCCCAUACUCCAAAUCGCCCUAGCCGGUGAUCCUGAUAUUCUCACUGAUUUUAUAGUACCUGAAAACCAGAACACAGUUGAUGGAAACUUCUUCACCUACACAGGGAUGCGAGUCAUUGUAAACGAAACCAGCUUCCCUGCGAAUUUCACAGUGCUGAAAGCUACCAUGGAGGAGUUCCCUGCUCUAAAUGGCCAGAGUGUCUCCUAUGCUCUUCUUCAAUUCCCUGCAAGCUCCGUUAAUCCGCCCCACACUCAUCCUCGUUCCGCCGAGCUGCUUUUCCUCGCCGAUGGGAACCUCGAAGUCGGUUUCGUCGACACGACGAACAAGCUUUUCACUCAGAGUUUACAAUCGGGCGACAUGUUUAUCUUCCCGAAAGGAUUGGUACACUAUCAGUACAAUGCCGAUACUAACCAUCCGGCUAUUGCGAUUUCUGCGUUCGGAAGUGCAAAUGCAGGAACUGUGUCGAUUCCGAAAACGCUUUUCGCCACCGACAUCGAUGAUGACAUAUUGGCUAAAUCAUUCAAGACUGAUGUUUCUACCAUUCAAGCUCUCAAAGCUGGUCUUGCAUCCAGGUAG